CAGGACUCUCCUGAUUCGGAUGUCCUUUUACCGAUUGCUUUAGAUCAAAAAGCUACUUUCGCUUGAAGAAACCUGCACAAAGAUUUAUACAUACCUACAGCACAUCGAACAUAAUACUGUGGUGCUUAUGAAUCGCUCCGAAUUUUCUCCGAAGCCCGAACCACUGGUAGAUAUUGUGCGGAGAAGUCAUCUCACUCUCUGCGAAGAGAUCGUUCGUCGUCCAGGGUAUAGCCUUCAAAGAGCAGAAAUGGAUGGAAAGAUCGUUACCAUCAAAGUGUUCACAGGCUGCAAAGCGAAAUCGACCUGGGAAGUGUCAAAUACGUUGGACUUGAAGGUUAUGCAUCCCAACCUACCUCACCUUAUCGGAGUUUCAACUUCUGAUGAGCGGGGGGCCUUGUUCUCGGUGUAUGAUCUUGAUAUCAAGAGCCGGCUUGUAGAUGUCAUCCCGUCAUGGUUGACGAUCGAUUUCGAUACUCUCAGUUCUUUGAUCGACAAAAUGGUUAAUGAUGUAGACAGUGCAUGGGAUCAUUUGCAGGUCCAAAAUUGUUUGUUUGUUCCGUCUGACGGAAUUGUAGUCAGCACGACAGUAUUCUUAUUGAUACUCAUAACUGAAUGCCAUGAUACAGAUAAUUGAUAUUCUUUGUGAUGCCCACGGCCGAUUCGUCGUCUCACUCUGUCCGGAAGCGGCCGGCUCCUCAACUGCCUUGGUCGCUACUGCGGAAUUUG